AUGGAUGCAGAACCAGUGCUCUCCACAGCAUGGAGCAAGUCGUACAAGGAAGACGCACACCGUUUCAGCUUCCUGGACCUUCCUCGUGAGCUACGCGAUCUUAUUUACAGCUACACAUUUCACGUCGCUGGCGCAAUAUUCGUUUACACUAAGGACCCUUACCAGCCUGAGCGUAAACUCAGAUCCAAAAUUGUCCGCCACAAGAAUGCCGGUGUGGUAGAGCCUCAAAGUGUGUACAAGUGGAUCUCUACAGGAUUAUUGCAGACUUGCCGACAGCUGCACGCUGAAGCUGCCCCUGUUCUCUACGGUGACAACACCUUCCGCAUAUGGUUUCUCAACAAGACGAACCUAGCACUCGCUUACUGCCAGCUCGUGCGCCACGUAACGUUCACGACUGAGGCAACUCAUCGUAUCUUCGGCCCCAGGGAUCUCGAUGCAGUUAGUCAUGGAUGGAAACACCGCUUCUGGCCAAGCAUCUUGGACAGCGGAGGAAAGAUGCUUGCGCAGUUUCCGAACGUCGAAAGUCUCACCGUCCCAAUGAUACCAGGGGUCGAAUCAUCAGCGUGGCGACCUGCGUUCUUCGCUGUGGGCGGCAAGACUGCUGAGCGGCGUAUCGAACUUGCGGCGGAAUGGAUGCUGGAGAGGUCUCCACUCACGGACGAACGACUGCGCGACUGCCUGCAUUUGGAGCUUGUGCCUCCUCCAGGCAUCAUCUCAAGGGAAGAGUAUGCCGGCUCGCGAUUUGCACCGGAUGAGGAGGAGUGGGACUAUACUGAGUUCGAAAACGCGUUCGAGUUGAUGAAGGCUCUUGACUGA